UCUCUUCUUCUCGCACCAAUUUUGUUAUGGCAAAGUGAUGAUGGAGUACAUUGGAGCCACAGGCGCACCCGUAAGACUCGACGCUGUUCCGAUCGAAGAUGGCAUCGAUUUCCACUUCCUACUUAGUUUUGCCAUCGACUCCGAUCCCUCCGGCAAUUCCCAGAACGGAAAAUUCUCCCCAUAUUGGGCAAGCGCAUUAACCCCGGAAUCCAUUGCAGCCAUCAAGCAAAGUCACCCCAAUGUGAAAGCCUUAGCCAGUCUUUCUGGGUGGAGCAUAGGCAACAAAGUCCUCCGUUGGUACAACCCAGUCGACUUCCAACGAUGGAUAUCCAACGCCUUCUCGUCUUUGUCAUCGAUAUCUCGACAAUAUCAUCUCGACGGCAUCGAUAUCGACUACGAAAACUUCCCAAGACGUAACUCGACGUUCGCUUAUUGCAUAGGUGAACUUCUUUGCUGCUUUGAGGCUUUUGGAAAGCAAUGGAUUUAG